GCACCCCCAUGCUGGUCGGAGCCGGCAGCACCUGCGGACACAGGCACCAGGGCAAAUCGCCCUCACUCUCCCUCCUUCCUGUGCAGGAGCUGCCCGAGGCGGUGCCAGGGACGCCGGUGCUGCUGAGCGACAGACCCUCCCUUGUGUACCGGGCCAGCCGCCACCCUCACCUCAUGCCCCGCAUCUGCUUCUACCCGACUCCCACCGCCAACGUCUUCGUCUGCUUCUCCUGGGGGGGCCCGGGGCUGAAACAGGACCAGGCCCGGGUCUGGCUGCAGCACGGGGAGGAUGAGAGCGCGGUGGUGGAGAAGGACGUCCCCAUGGCCCAGCGGGUGAAGGUGCUGCAGGUGUCCUACGUGCCCAGCCAGCGCCUGCUGGCCACCUACUGCGACGACCUGCACCUGCGGCUCUUCGGGGACCACACUCAGGGCCUGCGGCUCCUCACAGCCGUCCGCUGUCCGCACUCCGUCACCAGCAUGUGCUACAACCCGGAGACAGGUGAGCUGGUCAUGGGGGCCAUCGGCGCCAUCAGCUUCUGGGCCUUCAGCCCGGGGCCCGCGCCAGGCCUGGGCAUCUCGUGGGCGGUGAGCGUGGCCGGCGGAGAGUUCGUGCACUGCCUGAGCGUGGAGCGGGACGUGCGGGCGCUGGUGGCCCUGUGCGAGAGCACCAUCCGGCUCUACGACUGCCAGCGCCGGGCCGAGACCCAGGCCUUCCAGCUUAGCCAGGGUGUCUCCCUCACCUGCUGCUCCGCCCACGGGCCCCAGGGCCACCUGUACGUGGGCGACCUGGCCGGGCACGUCAAGCUGUGGAGCCUGGAGACGGGACGCCAGGAGCAGCAGUUCCAGGCCCACCUGAGCGCCGUGACCAGCGUGGUGUGCCGCCCGGCCAUGCACACCCUGCUGACGGCGUCGCUGGACGGGCUGCUCAAGGAGUGGGGCCUGGGCAGCUGCGAGUUGCUGCGCCGGCUGGACGUGGGCGAGCCGGUCUUCCAGCUGGGCUUUGUCACCGAGCGGAUGUUCUACUGCCGCUCGCAGCACAGCUUCUCCCUCCGCACCCUGCGCAACUUCUACCAGCUCUUCAACGCCGCCGGCUCCGGCCUGCGCAGGCUGGCCCGCGUGCCCUGCGGCCCCGGCAGAGCCCGCAUCCUGGCCACCACCGAGGACGGGGUGACCCGCUUCCUCUCGUCUGUCACCGGGGAGCUGCUCCUCCUCACUUGGCCCUUCCACAGGCUGGAGAAGGCCCUGGACUACGCCUACGACCCGGAGCGGGAGGAGCUGGUGGUGACCGUGGGGACUGCCGACGUCUACGUCCUGGACACCACCAUCUGCCCCAGCCCGGCCAAGUACGUCCUGUGCACCACGGAGAACCGAGACGACAAGGUGCUGUGCUUGGCCUUCUGCCGCCUGGACCUAGGCACCCAGCCCUCCGGCUUCGUGUUCAGCGGGCACUGGAGCGGGCACGUGCGCCUGGUCUCCCAGCACGCCCACAGCCUGGCGGAGCGGCAGAUCCACAAAGGGGGGGUAGGCGCCCUGUGUAGCCUGUCGGCCUGCGGGGACCUGUCCUACCGCUCCCCGGAGUCCAACUUCCUCUGCUCCUACGGUGCGGACGAGCGGAUCGUGCUGUCCGACGUGGGCCUGACGGGCAGCGAGCUGGAGCUCCGGCCCCUGGUCGUCAUCCCCAGCACCGGCUGCCGGAUCCAGAGCCUCCUGCUUGUGCCAGGCUACCUCUGCGCCCUGACCGAGCAGAACCGGCUCAGGCUUUGGAGACAGGCCGCCCUGGUGCCCCGGAAGAUCAACCCGUACUGGCUGGAGACCUGCCCCCUGCACUCCUGCUCCGUCACCUCCUUGGACUACUGCCACCCGCUGCAGCUGCUGCUGACGGGGGGCGCGGACGGCUCGGUGAGGGUGUGGUCCCUGACGGGCGUCCUGCUGGUGGACUUCGACACCAGCCUGCAGUUCAGCCGCGUUUGCUUCGCCAGCCUCCGGGGCGACCUGCUGGUCGGCUGCAGCACCAACAUCUACUUCAUCUCCUGCCUCGAGUACCUGCCCCGCCGGCACCUCAAGGCGCUGGCUGCCUGGCAGGUGGAGGACGACAUGGUCGAGCACCCCCUGCCCUUCCUCCCCAACUUCCUCCUGUCCUUCGACACGGUCUUCGUACCCAGGUACCUCUGGGCGGGCGAGAAGUCCAAGUGCUUCCAAGGCAUGGAGGCCCUCACCAGCCACCGGGAGGUUAUGCUGGUCAAGAGAGUGGCCAGGGUGGUGACCAGUGUCAAGACAGAGAGAGGCCCCUCUCCCGGCCCAGAGGCCCCCGGCGGGGUGCCAGAGCUCGCUGCGGAUUUCCGGCCCGCUCGGACACUCACCAAGAGGCUCCUGUCCUCGCCGGUGGAGCCGCCAGGCGGCGAGGAGCCCCAGGCGCCCGGGGAGCUAGUGCCGCGGCUCCAGAAGCAUUUCCUGCCAGGGGGGCCGUGGCUCAUCGGGCCGGACGGCUACAUUCCCAACUCCAUCAUCAGGGCCCAGCUCUGGCCGCUGGGCACGCCCCCGCACCUCCAGUGCUCCCUCAAGGUGACCCCGCGCCGGCGGCUGCCGCCAAGGAAACCAGUCCCGGUCCAGGAGCCGGCGGCGUCCCGGUGGUGGGAGGAGCCGGCAGAGAAGGGGAAGGCCAAGCGGAAGCCGCAGGACCAGCCCAGGUCUUUCGUGGACCCGGAGCUGCCCCGGGACGUGCUGGCCGAGAUCGUGGCCAAGAAUUGGCUGAGGCAGAGGCCCAGCGAGGUGACACUGGAGUCCGUCCUGCGGGCCGUGUUGGCCCAGCUAGAAGACGGGCCGCUCUCCGUGUACAGCCUGUGCACCGCCGCCCUGGUGCAGAUCUGCCAGGCCUACGUGCUGCCGCCCCCACUGCAGGCCGAGGCUGCCGCCCGCCUCUACCAGGGCACCGCCAGCGAGAACGGCCAGACCCGGCAGGCGGCCUGGGAGACCCUGGGCGAGAUGGAGCUACUGAGCCACAGGGACGUGGUGCCGCUGACCCGGGCCCUGCUGGACCCGGACUGGCAGGUGCGGGACCAGGCCCGCUCGCUCAUCGCCUCCGUCGCCGGCAUCACCGACAAGGGCGUCCUCCAGAAGGCGAUCAAGAGGCACGUCACGCCCACCAAGGAGCAGCCGACCGAUGGGGUGAUUACGCCAGCCGGUGCUGUCUCCCCCCGCCGCGCCCCUCACCCGCUCUCUCCGCUCUGCCCCCCCAGGAGUGUCACCCUCAGCGGGACGUUUGUGCCGUACGGGCUGGGGCUACUGGGGCCUGAGGCAGAGGGGUCGGGGUGGGCGCCAGCCCAGCUCAGCAUCACAGAACUGGAGAUCCUCCUGGCUCAAGUGGAGACCAGGCUGACGGACGACCUGUACCUGGCGGAGGAGGGCCCGGAGCCCAGGGCCAGGGGCCAGGGGCCCGGCCUCAAAUGGCCCAAGGCGUCAGAGCUGCUGGGCGCGGAGACGGCCGGGGCGGAGCCGACCCAGGGCCAGGCCAAGAGGCUGCAGCUCUUUGGACAGACCCAGCUGCCCAGGAGCUCUGGUGCAGCCAAAGAGGCCCCUGGCACAAAGAACCAGAGACACCCGCAGGACAAGCUGCCCCAGAUCCAGCCGGGGGCCCAGCGCCUCACAGCCCCGGUUAUGGUGCCGAGCGGCGAGGUGCUGGGCCCCGGCUCCGAGGCGGAGAGACGGCAGGGCCCCGCCAGCGCCCCAGGCAGCCGCUCCUCCGAGGUGCCCAAGGUCCCGCUGCCCAAGGUGGGGCAGCCUCCCCUGGGCCCGCGCCCCCUGGACCCACGCACCAAGCGCUACCAGGAGACGCUGAAGAGGCAGAUGCUGAAGAAGAAGCAGCCGGGCGAGCCACUGUCCUGGCAGCCGAGCCGGCCCUCGGCCCAGGCCAUGCGCCCCGAGUCCUCCGACCCCUUCCUCAUCGACCCCAGUCACCGGUACGGCGCCGACAGCGCCCGCUGGCGGGACGACAUAUGCACGCUGCUCAACCUGCGCAUCGCCCCCUCGGCCGACGACCGCAGCACCCUGGAGGAGCUGGUGGCGUCCACCCGCCUGGCCCUGGGCUCCUGGAGCCUCGGCAAGUCCAGCAGCACCGUCCUCCGGGGCCUGCACGAGAGAUACGCGGCUGCCGAGGAGCUGGUGGCCGAGCUGGGCACGCGCCUGGCCCAGGAGGCCUGGGCCAAAAGCGCAGAAGGGGGCCUGGCUGAGGGGGCCCCAGCUGAAGGGGGCCUGGCCGAGGGGGGCCUGGCCGACGGGGCCCCAGAUGAAGGGGGCCUGGCCAAGGGGGCAGUCAGAGGCCUGGCCAAGGGGGCCCCAGAUGAAGGGGGCCUGGCCGAGGGGGCAGGCAGAGGCCUGGCCGAGGGCGGCCUGGCCGAGGGGGCAGAGCAGGUGCUGGGUGGCAGGGCGUCCAAGGCCCCUGUGGCACGGCCAGAAGAACUGGCCCCGGGCAGCCCGGGGGCGGUCGCUGGGGGGCUCGAGGGGCAGGUCUGGCAGAGAAUCCAGCCGCUACUGGCGAUCCUGGCCGAUCCGGCCCGGCUGGAGAGCACCGACACCGCCGAGCUGCUGGGCCGGCUCCAAGCCCUCGGGCAGUGCCCCUCCGUGGAGCACAGGGUGGCGCUGGAGUCCACGCUGGCCAUGGCGGCCCAGGUGCUGGGAGAGGAGGACGCCGGCCUGGGCAGGGCAGUGUCGCUCUGCGCCCUCCUGGCCAGCCUCGGGCAACAGCCGCACGAGGCCACCGUGUCCACGGAGCUGCUCCAGGCCCAGCCUGUCCCCGAGCCCGGCCUGGCUAAGGAGCUGCUGGCGUCUGCCCAGGCCCGGCUGCAGGCCAGCGCCGAGAGGAUGGGGCAGGAGUGGGCCUGGUGGGAGCAGGUGGCCCAGCUGGGGCGGCCCAGCCUGGAACUGGCCGCGCUCCGGGAGGACGAGGUGGCCCGGCGGAAGACGCAGCCUCUGGCUUUAUGGCUGGGCAGAGUCUGGGCCCAGCAGCGGAGGUUCCAGCAGCGUGAGCCCGGGGCCGGCGGGCCCAGGGAGCAGGAGGAGGCGGUGCCCGUGGACAGCCAGCGGCAGAAGGUCGACUUGUACCUGCCGGACCGGCUGCCGACUGCCAGCACCGGCUGGGCCGAGGUGGGAGCGCAUCAACUGCCGGGCGAGGACAAGUUCCUGGCGCUCUACCAGGUGCUGGUCACCCUCCAGCAGCGCCACGGGCCCUUCUCCCCGGCCUGGUGGGAGCAGUUCCACCGGCUCGCCGAGCUCUACGGCCUCGGGCGGCCCCUGAGCCGCGCCUUGAUCCAGCAGCUGGGGGCAGCCGACCGGCACAGCAGCAAGUCCCUCCCAGGCAUGGCCCCGGCCAGGCGGGAGGAGCAGGAGCAGAGCGAGGCCACCCUGGGCCAGCGGAUCCUCUACCAGAUCCUGCAUCGGGCCCCCCAGAAGCCGCCCGAGCCGCCCAGCUUCUGCGGCGUCAUCCCCCUGAGCUACCAGAACAACGUGCACACGCUGCAGCCGCGGGGGGAGGCCCGGUACGGGGCCGUGGCCCUGGCCUGGAGGACGGCGCAGCAGGACGGCCGGGGCCAGCAGCCCCAGCUGCACUUGGGGGUGGGAUGAGGGGGCGGAAGGGCAGGGCUCUGAGCCACAGCAGAGCCCUUCUGGCGAGCUAGCGGCUCUCUCUUCAGCGCCAGCCCAGCAGGGCCAGGGCCAGGGCCAGGGCCAGAGGGGCCCAGGGGAUGGCUCAAGGUGGCCCCGAUCCCUGCCCGGGGGGCCAGCUCCAGCCGCCCCUCCCCUGCGUUCGGAGCUGCGUCUGUAAUAAAGUUGGUGCCACGUCACGGCCCCAGGAGACACUGCUGCUGUUUGACUCUCAUGUUAGAUACGUGCGGUGCCGGGCCCGAGUGGGUGAGCUGCCUCCCGCAGCCAGGAACGGGGGCAGGGGGCCGUGGGGGCAUCACAGCACCCCUCUCCUCUGGGUAUGGGUACCCCGGCCGCGAGGCUGGCAGUGCCCAGAGACACAGGCAGAAGCCCAUGGCUGGAGCUGUCCAGGCUCUGGGGAUGGAUGGGGAUGGA